AUGGAUUGUGGAAGUACUGGUUCAGUAUGUUCAUCUAUAAAUAUUGAAGAAAAACGUUCUACCAUUAAACUUGAUACUAUUCGGACAAUAGAAAAUCAAAUGCAAAAACAAUGGUUCGAUAAAAAAUUUUUUGAAGCCAAUGCUCCAACUCAAUGGAUCGACAAUUCAAAUAAAUAUUUUGUUACAUUUCCAUAUCCUUAUAUGAAUGGUCGUCUUCAUCUUGGUCAUACAUUUUCAUUAUCAAAAUGCGAGGUAUAG